CCCUCAAUGAUGACGCACGCUACGUCAUUUUCCGUCGUCAAAACAUCCUUCAGUUGUGUAAUUUUCUGCAGAGACAAGCGAAAAGUUCACAACAGAUUCACAUUUCCAUGCAAAAUGUCUCUUUUACGUGUUUGCUGUUCGACAGCUAGAGGUUUUGUAAAGAGAGCAAUGUUUUCAGAGACGACUUAUCCUGCAUGUCAUAGCAGGACAGCAGGAUAUGCAUCAGGUGGGGUGACCAAAGAUAAAGAACCUUUAAAGAAAGCGAAGACGCCCCAAGGACGCUUUGACAUGGACGAAAAUGAGACCAAAUCUAAAGACGUCCUUACAAGAUUUCCAGAUGAUGUGAAUCCAGAAACUAAGGAGAAAGGUGGUCCCAGAGGCCCUGAACCUACACGAUAUGGUGACUGGGAAAGGAAGGGUCGUUGUAUUGAUUUUUAGAUUGGCCUGUUAAAAUAUUCAAAUUUAUUUAUUUUACCAUUUGAGUCAUUUGACUGUAAUUACUAAAUCUGUAUACAGAUAUACAUAAUUAUGUAUGUCCCCUGAUUGUAUGGGUCUGCUAUGUAGAAUGUAUAGUAUGUGUGCAAAAGUAGUAACUACUUAAACGAAUCUGUUUAGUCUUUAAUUGGCAUUGAAAUGAGAAGAAUCUACCUUUAUUUGUAAUAUUGGCUAUAUACUGUGUGUAUGUGUAUAUAUAUAUAUUCUUUUUGAAAGGGGGUAACAGUGUCUGAAAGGUGAAAGGUCUCUUAGAAGAAUAAACAUAUUCAACCAAAACAUUAAAUCAAUUCUUGUCAAAUUUCAAACAUUCAUAGAAAGUUUUGUCACAGUGUGUUUGGUAUCAUGUAAUUAUUCAGUUUUAUUUAAUAAAAAAGACUGCAUAAAGUUA